AGUCAGAACCUGUGGGCUCGAGGUGCGACUACGAGGCCGGCUGGUGCGGCUGGAGGAACGCGGGCGGCUACGACAGCUUCAAGAGACACAGAGGGCCUACGGACAAGGACCGAACCGGACCAUCCUUCGACCACACCUUGAAGAACGGAUCUGGUUGGUACAUCUUGAGCGAGCUGCCUGUGACGGGCAAAUUGGGGGACCAGUAUGAGCUGGAGUCGCCAUUCUUCGACCCUCCUCCCUGCUAUCACAGCAACAAGACCUCCGCAUACUACAAGUCCUGCACGAUGCGACUCUUCUACCACAAGCUGGGAAGGAACCAAGGCUCCCUGAUCGUCAAGGUCUGGGAGUUCUUGCCCGGGCAGCCGGCUCGAACCCACAUCAUCGACCAGAUCACCGGCGAGAGAGGCAAUGUGUGGCAUAGACUCACUCAACCCCUGCCUAUCAACUUGUUCCACAGGUAUAAGGUGGUAGUGGUGAACGUGCGAGCCGCUAGUUUCAGGGGCGACCUCGGCUUUGACGACUUCACGCUCUCGCCGGAGUGCUUCGGACGAGAUGUGCCCGACGACGAGUUUGUGGUGUGUGUAUCAAACCCCCUACAACAACCCCUGACUACCUGGAGUCUACACCAUACAAGCCGCCUUCAAACAAAGUAGUGAUGGUGACGACGUGCGGGGCCACCGGGCACGACGGACCCUCCCCCGAGGACUGUCAGAAGGAGUACCAGGACCGGCCGCACCCGAAGCCCUCCUUCCCCUCCUCCGGCUCCCUCCCUGGCACACAGACCUGGACGGUGCCCAACGAUGGCUAU